AUUUAUACCAAUUUAAGGGACCAUUCAAUCAUUGAAUGUUAUCAUUCAAAACAACUGAUAUUUUGUUUGGUAUUUCAAACACUUCUUUGUCGACCAAUUUGGUGAUCACAUUCAUGUCCAGUACAUCUAAUUCUUCACGUUUUGAAGUGGUUGAGCUGACCAAUGAUGGUCAGUGCGCUAUCAUAUCGCUUAAAGAUGAAGACCACACACUGGCCAAUGCGCUCCGGUAUAUCAUAGUGAAGAACAGUAACGUCAAGUUCUGUGGAUAUUCAAUGCCUCAUCCAAAUGAUAAUCAAUGUCUGAUUCAAAUUCAAACCAAUGCCGGCUUCAAAGCAAUUGACGUCUUCGAGAAAGGACUACGAGAUCUAAUGGAUGUGUUUCAGCACAUGAAACACGUGUUUCACAAAAAACACGAAGAGUUUGUCUCUAAUAAAAAUAAUAUUUAAUUUUUGUUAUCACUUUCU